UAUCGUAAAAAAAUACUCAAAUUUCAAGACGAAGUCCUAUUUAGAUUUCUCGCUUUUUCUUCAUCCUUUUGAUAUUUUUGUAUUAAUCCUACAUAAAAUAUUCCUUUCGUCCCAAAACAUUUUAUCCAUUUUCUUAAAGAGGUUUCUAAAAAGAUUUUAUACUUAUUUUACUUAUUUCUUUUUUUUUUUUGUAAUGAUUAUGGAGUAUAAGAUUUUGUGGAACAUAGAUACUCCGUAAUAUUUAAAGUAUUUGACACAUGAGGGCGGGGUAGAAUUUGAAGUGUUCAUGUUUCAUUUUUUUUUUGGACAUACUCAUACUUGUACAAUAUUUGUAAUAGAAAAUGUGAAAGGGGAAUUUGUGGACGCCGAACCAAACCAAAUGACAACCGAGAGGGACGGCGGCGGCGGCUACGGGUACGGCUCGGGAGGAAGCGGCGGAUACAGCUACGGUUGGGGCGGGAAGGGCGGGUACGGCGGCCGGGGUUGGGGAGGACCUGGCGGAGGCGGCGGAAGCUGGGGCGGAGGAGGCGGCGGAAGCUGGGGCGGCGGUGGUGGCGGAGGAUGCCACCACGGUUGUUGUGGACACUACAAUAGGUGGGGAGGGUGCAAGUACUGUUGCCACAAUGCUGAAGAAGCGGUAUCUUACCUCAAGAGGGAAGUAUAUUACAUAAACUGGAGAACGGGAAAGAGAGUGAAAGAGGACCCAAGAAUCACAGCAGUAGAUGAUGAUGAUGAAGAAGAAGAUUAUGAAGAAGAUGAUGACGACGAAGAUGACGUGAGCGACGGGGAGAGUGGGUCCUCGUCGUCGUCAUCGGAGGAGUCAGCGAUUUUAAAGGAUGCCCACCGCCUGGGGCGGCCGGAAAACUCGACGGCGGCGGUUCUGGUGGUGGCGGGUUGCCAGAGUUGCUUGAUGUAUUUCAUGGUGCCCAAAGAGGUGAAAUCCUGCCCGAAAUGUUUCGGUCAGCUUCUCCAUUUCGACAGAUCCGAUCCCUCCUCCUGCCCCCCAUAGUUCAUAUUCUUCUUCUCUUUUUUUUCCCCUUAAUUUAUUUUCU